GUUAUGUGACGCUUGUAAUCAAAUCGAAAGUAAAAAAAAUGUGUAGGUAUUUCUCAAAAGUUGUCAUGUAAUUUAUGCUCAGAGUUUUCUGAAACCUUUACAAUGAAAACAACAUUUGGACAAGUAGUGAUAGGACCUCCAGGAUGUGGUAAGACUACCUACUGUCACGGAAUGUCACAAUUCCUUACUCAGCUCGGUAGAGAGGUUGCUGUCAUCAAUUUAGAUCCAGCCAAUGACAGUCUCCCAUACACAUGUGCAUUGGACAUUUCAGAUCUGAUUACUUUAUCCGAUGUUAUGGACACAUUAAAGUUAGGUCCAAAUGGUGGCCUGCUAUACUGCAUGGAAUAUCUUGAGAAGAAUAUAGACUGGUUUGAAAAAGAACUAAAGAAACUAGAGGGCAAAUAUUUGAUUUUUGAUUUUCCUGGACAAGUUGAAUUAUAUACACAUCACAAUGCUGUGAGAAAUGUUCUCCAAAAACUUCAGAAAUGGGAUUGUCGUCUGGUUGCUGUCCAUCUUGUUGAUUCACACUAUUGCAGUGAUUCAUCAAAAUUCAUUUCAGUUUUAUUAACAUCGUUAUCCACCAUGUUACAAAUAGAACUACCUCAUGUGAAUGUUUUAUCAAAGUGUGAUUUGAUAGAGAAGUUUGGGAAGCUAUCAUUUAACCUUGACUUUUACACUGAAGUCCUUGACCUACAUUACUUAUUGGAUGAUUUUAAGGAAAGUCAAGAUGUACAGAAAUAUAAGAAAUUAAAUUCAGCCCUUAUAGACAUAAUUGAGGAAUAUAGUUUGGUAUCAUUUGUACCAUUGUUUGUAGAGGAGAAGGAGAGUAUGCUGCGUAUGUUGAAACAAGUUGACAAAGCCAAUGGAUAUGUAUUUGGGGAUACAGAGGAACGUAACAUACAUACUCUAUUAUCAUGUGCUGUGGGAGCAGAGUUUGAAUAUGAGAAGAUCAAAGACAUUAGAGAGAAAUACAUGGAUACAGAGACAGAAUGUGAUAAUUGUGAACAAGAUAUAAAUAUUGAUAUUUGAUAUACUUGGGCCAUUCUUGUUGAAUAUACCAUUCAUUGUAAUUAAAAAAAUACAAGAAUGCACAUGCUGAAA